AUGACUCAUGGGAGAUUGCAACGAAGAAUUUUGAGAUUUACCUAUGUGCCUGCUCCACACAAUAAGGAAGUUCUUUCUCAGUUGCUUAUUGAUACCAUGUUAGAUUAUAAUUUUGAUAGAAAUUUGUCCACCAUUACCUUAGAUAAUUGCACCACAAAUGAUGCCAUCAAUGGUACUAUCUUAGACAAGGUUGAUUCAAGUACAUUUUUACUUGAUGGGAAGAUUCUUCAUAUGAGAUGUUGUGCACACAUCUUGAACAUGAUCGUGAAAGAUGAGUUAGAAGUAAUGGGGGAUGGAAUUGAAAGGAUACGUGAUAGUGUGUAUUUUUGGACAGCAACACCAAGUAGACUUGAAAAGUUUGAAGAGGCAGCUCGCCAAUUGAAGAUUCUAUAUAAGAAAAAGUUAGCUAUGGAUUGUAAAACCUAUUGGAACUCUACAUAUCUUAUGUUUCAAGUCGCUUUAAUAUAUAAAGAUGUGUUUCCACAGGCAAAGCAACGCGAUAGGCUUUACACUAAAGUUCCAACUAAUGAAGAUUGGGAAAGGGGGAUAGAAAUUUGUGCGAAGUUGAAAUUAUUCCACACUGCUAUAGAGUUGUUUUCUGGGUCUUUUUAUCCUACUUCAAAUUGUUAUUUCCAAAAAGUUCGUGAAAUCAGAGUUGCACUGUUUACUUGGCUUGAAAGCCCACUUGAGAUCAUUAGAGUGGUGGCAUCAAAAAUGUUGGUUAAAUAUGAGAAAUAUUAG